AUCAUUGAGUGGUCCGAGGGACGGCGAGUGUCCUCCCGCAACGCAUGCGUCGAUCUUUCAAUGGCAUGCAGGAGACUGCCGCAGGGUUCACGAAUCAGAAUGUACCUUGCAAGGGCACAUGGUGCAACGGCAGGGGGCAUCAUGCUUGCUGGCGAGAAUUAACCAAAUGGUCAAUGCUGAAUGAGCACUGCGACAAUCACCCUUUGCGAAUGGCGCUGCAAACGCUUUCAUUCUACAGUAGUACCGCCUGCUUAGGAUAGGUAUACAAUCACCCUCAAUUGAAAACUUCUCAUUCAAGAGCAAUCAUGCGUUGCAUGCAUCGCCAGAAAGCAGGACUUUACGAACCAUUUAAACGUUUAAACGGUCAGGGAGCUGGUCCUUGCCUGCACCAAGAAGAGGUUAACCAGAGUCGAAGCCGGGACGCUAGAGCUCUUACUCAAUGCACAAUCAUUGGGCCUUGUGGACAGAGCAACGAGGAGGUAUAAAGAGCGUCUUUCAAAUUCCCCCGGCCAUCUCAAACCAGCAGGCAGUUGCUCCUCUCUUUGAAAACACAUUCAGCAAACUGCCGCAGCACCACCUAUUUCAAAGCAGUACAGCGCUCCUUCCCAGCUGGUUUCCCAGACAGAUUUCCAGCUCCACUUUGCUGAGACCCUCUGGUGUCAAGCUGCUCGGCAAAGCAAUGGCGCACAUUGCGAUCGGGGGGCCCUUGUGUCUGCUGCUCGUGCUGGCCGCACUCGCCAGCCAUGUCUCUGCAGCUGACUCUGUGCUCGGAGCGUCCUUCAGUGCGUUCGGAGGAAACCGCAAGCUGCUGCAGUCUGGUUCUUCUGGCUCCACCGUCUUUGGUACCCCACCUGCGGGCACUUUGGUUGUGACCUGGAACCCGGUUCCAGCGAAGCACUCCGACAGCCCCGACUUUGGAAAAAUCACAAGCCCCCCGUACCAGUAUGACUGGUUGAACAUAUACCCCAUUUCGUCAAGCUGUGAGAACUGCACGGAUUUGUGGUUCUACCCCGUUGAGGCUUACGUGGCGGGCUCCAACGGCCAGAAGACGCAGCUGACGUCAUCAGGGGGCUGUGACAUCGCCACCCGGCAGUAUCCGGACCUUGGCAGUUUGUUCACCUCUUGCACCGGUUCCUUCAGCGUCCCCAACAACGGAACCCUCGCGGUAACCCAGGUUUGGGACCUGCUGGUCGCCUCAGACGAUCUGCAGUUCCAAGUUCCAACCCCGCUCGCCUACUUUAACUGCAUCGCGUUCUUCUUCGGGGGCGCUUCCACGCCUUCUGCGGGCCUCACGAACUUCCAGGCGUCCUUCGACACUGGGCCGAUCCCAAUCAAACCCUCGACGAGCAACAAUCUCCCCCCCACCUUCAGCAACAUCGGGUUCGAGUCGCUCCCAUUCACGGAGACGGGAGCGCUCACUUUCAAGAGCAUCAACAUGCGGCUGUCGUACGAUCCCCCCGUUCCCGUUCAAAGCUUUGGCUGGUCUCUCCCGUACACUCACUGCACUUUCUCGGGCGUCCAGAACGUGGCGGUUCAGAGCGUGGCGGUUCCGCCAGUCGCAGCUCCGCCAACGGGGCAACUUGUCGGAGGCACGUGUGACCCUCGGUCAUCAAAGCCCAACCAGUGCUUCAACGCGCCUGGCAACUCCUACGUGUGUUGCCCCGGCCAGUGCUCUGCCAAUCCCGGUCCCACUCCGGCAUGCGCGCCGCCCGCCCCUGCCACGCCCGGGGCGCUUCCGAUUGGGGGCACGUGCGACCCAAACUCCAACAAGCCCAACCAGUGCUUCAACGCUGACGGGAGCUCCUCCGUCUGCUGCCCCGGGCAGUGCCCGGCGAGUACUGGCGCAAGUCCCGCUUGCAGCUGAUCUGCGAGCGUAUAUGCUAUAUGAUAUUGAUCAUUGCCAGUCAACCACCUAUAGGCAGCCGCCCAUAACCAAUAAGGACCCAAGACCGGCACAACCCCACCGGCAUAUAUCGUUGCAUGCACGUACGGUAGUUGGUGCAGGAAAACUCCGUUGAAUACUUGUUCAUUGGAUAUCCGAUCGUCUCUACGACCACCUUGCUUGGAGGCAGGACUUCACCCUCUCAGUGAGGCGGCAGCGAAGUACUUACCCAACCUUCAGGCGCCGUCACGCUGGGAGCAGUUUUGUGGCGAGAAGAUUACGUAGUUUUACUAAUAUCUACUUGGCGCAUACGAUCAAGCAACGACUUAAUAAGUUAUUCAAUGAUUGGUACCGGGCCGGUGGAAAGCAAGUUCGGACCAUGCGUGGGACUAAUACCGUACACAACGUCUGUAAGUGUGCAAAGUAAGACACAGAUUAGUGAAGCACGCCAGACGGUCACUUAACGGGGCAUGCAAUAUACGCAGUACCUGUGGCCGGGCCAUCAUGGUAGGGGAAUGGCCGGAGACGCUCAGUUCGAAUCUAGCUUUAGUACGUUGCGCGAAAUUAUGCCAUGAUGCAAAAAGUCUGGAUGGUGUCUGGGUUUUCAAGUUUUCAAAC